AUUAAGAGGAUCCUCUUGGUGCUUAGAAUACAAUUUUUUCGAUCUGAUCGAUUCGAUGAUAUCAAAAAAACUUUCAAGUGUACAUACGAAAGUAACAGCUUUCGGUAUGUGCCCGCAAUUGUGUAUGCCGGAAGUAUAAUGCAUUCCAAUACAUCCGUCCAACGGCAUAUUGCCCGACAGUGCUGAUAGUUUCUCUCUCUCUCUCUCUCUCUAGUCUCUCUUUUCUCCUUCUUUUACCGUUUGUACACAUAGAUAGAAUCUCACCUCACGUCAAGGCUCACUCUUGAUGCGCAUGCCUUAUUUACACAACGUGUAUCAUAACCAUAACUCGUCGCGUAUUGGUUUGAUUAAUAGUAUACUGUUAUUAUUAUGCAAAGAAUUUUCCUGGUAGAUAGUCAGCUUUACGCAGAAGAAUAUUAAAAAGUGUCUGGUUGUAUGUGGCAUGUAGGAAAUAACUCUUGAAAUUAUUAACAAGCAAAAUAAAAAUACACUGUAAUCAUAACUGAAAUUAUGACAACAUUCUUUUUUGAUAUUCUGAAGUAUGCUUUCAUCGCCUACGACCUACGAAAUAAACACGAUCAUAUAAUAAUUGUGUUUCUAAACAUAUCCUUCUAGAUAUUUGAAGAAGUUUAUCAAUAAAUUUAUUUGUUCCAUCCAACGGUAGAAAUAUUUAACCAGUAGUUUCGUAUUCAAUUAAACUAAUCGUUUUGCUAGAGAAUAGGGCCGAGCUGAUAAUGGAUGAACGUGUCAAACCAUCAAUUCAAAGUGUGCGUAGAAGACUUUUUGUCGAACAGGAUGGCGAGGAAGAGAACGUUUGCAAUCAUAUUAGAGAGGACAGUCAACGAAAAGCAGAAGAAGACAUGAAGAAAUGGAACUUUGAUUUUAAGCGUGGAGUGCCACUACCUGGUCGUUACGAAUGGAUAAAAUUAGACGAACACGGAAACGAAAUUUCUGAUUCCACAAAUUUAGUUAACGAAGAACAGAGUCAGAAUGAGCAGACAGAACAGAUAGAACAAAGAGAAAUAAAUGCAAGGAGAAACGACGAACCGGCGGACGAAACUGCGACUUACGAAAACUCGUAAUAUUAUAUUCGAUACAGUGGAUAGUAGUAAAGAUUUUUUAUUUUUAGCAGUAACGAGAGACAGAAAUUGCUCUUCGUGCAAAAAUCUAUAAAUGUUAAAUUUCAAAAUGUGAUUUAUCUUCAUGAAUGAUAAAAAUUAUUUGUAAAUUUCUACUCAAACAUUUCGAGUAAAAUUAGAUAGAUUUUUAUACAAAUAGCGUAAAAAUGGGCCAAUAUAAAGUAAUCCUAAACAAAUGUGAUAAGAUUACAUUCUCGAAUUGAUUAUUUAUUAAUUAAACUGACUUAUUAAUCAGUUUAUAAAGUCUAGUCAGAGAAGACAUAAUGAGUCAAAACUUGUCUUGAAGAAAUCAAAGCAAAAUUUGUUUUAAUUAGUGAAUUUUAUUAAUAUCUGAAAAAAAGACUAAAUCAUGAUAUCUGUUUUAAAUUAACUCAAUUAUAAUUCAAUUAAUACUAAUGUUAAAGCAUUGCCAUGUAACUUUAUUUAAUUUAAUAUUUAUACGGAAAUGAACGUGCAAUACACGUAAUUAUACUCAAUUGAUAUUUAUAACUCGCGAUAAAUAAUUCGCACAGUUUUAUAUAUAUAGA